AUGGGCCCUUUGCUUCGGAAUCCGGGUGUGUUGAAGAGCUGCGCCAAGAUUAUCACCGCACGUAACCCCCCGCGAGCUGGCGAGGCGGUUCAAUUUGGCCCGGGGGUCGCUGCUGAUAAGGCCUUGUCUUGCAUGCGCAAUCCCAGCUGCCAAAUGCGGUCUGGACGGCCAAGGCUUCGUUUCCUUGGUCGCGAGGUAUACCAGGCCUUCCGUCUCUACGCCGACUUUGCCGGCGCCUUCACCGAGUCUCUGAUCCAGGCGCCCAAGGGCGACCUCUUCCAGCCCCUUUCUGCCCAGAUCCCUGCUUCCGCAUCGUUGACCAUCGGUGUCCCCUCACGCUUGUACUUUACCAAGACGGCCGAGAAGCCCCUGGCUGGCGUCCGCAUUGGUGUGAAGGACAUCUAUGACCUCGCUGGCGUGAAAAAGUCCAACGGCAACCGCGCCUGGUACGGCCUUUACCCUGCCGCCGGCAAGACGGCAACGGCCAUCCAGAACCUCAUUGACGCCGGUGGUAUCGUCGUCGGCUACCAAAAGACGUCACAAUUCGCCAACGGUGAGGCACCCACUGCCGACUGGGUCGACUACCACGCGCCCUUCAACCCACGCGGCGAUGGCUACAACAACCCUUCCUCCUCAUCUGCCGGCGCCGGUGCCUCCGUAGCAUCCUACCAAUGGCUUGACAUCGCCGUCGGCUCGGACACGGGCGGUUCCAUUCGCGGCCCUGCGGGUGUCCAAGGCCUCUUCGGCAACCGCCCCUCGCACGGCCUCGUCUCCCUUGCCAACGUCAUGCCUCUGUCGCCGACCCUCGACACCCCGGGUUUCCUCGUUCGCGACCCGGAGAUCUGGGACGCCGCCAGCAAGGCCAUGUACCAGGGCAACUACACCUCCCUCGCCAUCGGCAAGGCCCAACUCGCCAGUCACGUCGGCGGCAAGCUGACGGCCUUGGACCUGAACGCAGCCUGGUCAUCCUCGGCGCCAGCCGGCGCAAAGGGCGCGUCGCUCAGCGACCUCCUCUCCGCGACGUACGCGACCCUCAUCACAAAGGAGCAGAUUGCCCUUGUCCGCGAGCCCUUCUACGCCGACUACGCCGCGGCCCACGGCGGACGCCGCCCCUUCGUGAACCCUGUGCCCCUCUCUCGCUGGGGCUGGGGCGACUCGGUCCCGGACAGCUGGCACGCCGAUGCGCUGGCGAACAAGACGCUCUUCAUGGACUGGUUCAACUCGGAGGUCGUGCCGGCAUCCAGUGACGCCGCCCAGUGCACUGAAUCACUCGUCCUCUAUGUUGGCAGCACCGGGUCUGCGAGCCCGAGAAACAGGUACACAAGCGCACCGGGUGUGCCGCUCGGCUUCAGCAGCAGUCGUAUCUCCGUCUUUGCCGAGGUGCCUGACCUUGUGUUCCCGCUCGGCGAGGUCGCGAGCCGCAGUAGCAUCACCGGUGUUGAGGAGAAGCUCCCUGUUGCCGUGGACAUCAUGGCUGCCAAGGGGUGCGAUGGUGUCAUCGUCAAGCUGGCGAAGGAUCUUGUGGCCGAGGGUGUGCUGACGGUGCCCAAGGCGGGAGCGACACUAGAGGGUGGCGAGGUGCUGUUGAGGAGAGAUGAGGUGCAUGGUUACUAUUAG